AUAUACGUGUCAUAUAGACCUACAAUAUUUCCAAUCUGCCCAUUACCAAUACCUUUUUAACUUUUCCAACAAAGACAAAUCUCUGUCCUUAUUAUUUGGGAUUCAAAAGAUCGUAAUAAGAGCCUAUCUGUGAAUGAAUGGCCAUUUUUUCCUUGGAAGAAAACGGACCUCCUCCUCCUUGAAGUUCUUUAUGUUUGUGCAUUAUGAGCCACGAGCCAUUUUAACAAAAAACCACUUCGUGUAAAGGAUCGGACUGUUGAGGGUGUGAUAGCAAUGGACAUUCGAGUUCAGAUUGAGCUUCUGGACGCCAAGUUUUCCAGAUUUCACUGGUUUUCCAGUUGCAACCAGGAGAACUUUUCAGAUAAUGCAUUCAUGAUCACUUCAAACUAAAUCAGUUCUUGAGAGGUACCUGUGACAAUCAAGCUCCUCUCCUAUGAAUCAUGGAACAUUCUUAUUUAACUCGAGCAAAUGGAGAAGAAACUGAUCAUGAUUUCCAAAUCUGUGGAUACUCUUCUUAUUCAUUAUCUAACAUUCAAAUGUCAUCACUCUCGUUUGAUUUAAGAGUCUUCUAUGUUAGACUCAGUAAUUUCCAAGUCGAUGAUUUGACCCCCGAGUUUCUCACUUUGAACCAAUUCCCUCUAAUACCAAACACCCAUUUGGGUGUUAAUGGCGUUAGAAGCAGCAAUUACUCUGAAGGUUUUUCUUCACUUCUCAGGAGAGAUAGAAUCAACAAGAACUCUGAAGAAGCAACAUUUGUGAGCAUUGAUACCAUUAGGUUAAACGGGGGUUUGAAGUUUGAGGUUUUCAAGGGAGAUUAUCAAAUUCUAUCUGGGGAAUUGUCUCAUAAGGGGUGCACUGGAGAAUCAAAGAGCAAUUCUAAGAAAAGAUGGAGCAUGAACUGCGAAUCUCAGGUGGUUGCCGAUGAUGUGUUCUUGAAAGGAAAGCUCGUUCCAGGGCAGACAUUGAUUAGUCCAACAAUUGAAGUAUACGUUGCUGGUAGCUUUUCUGGAAACCCCGUCGUCUUAACAAAAACUCUGCAGCUCAACUUUUGGAAGAAGCACAGUCAUAAACGGAUGUUAGAUUCAAUACCAGAGUAUGAUACUACUGAAUGCCAUGAAGAUUCAUAUCCUGUAUAUGAUUCACAAGUUUCAAAGUACAGAAAUUACAGAGAAGAACAUGAAGAUGACUACGGCAACAUGUACUGGAGAACAGACUACAUGGAAAGAGAAGAUGGUGAACUAUCCUGGUUCAACUCAGGUGUGAGAGUUGGAGUAGGAAUUGGACUCGGUAUCUGCUUGGGGAUUGGUGUGGGAGUUGGUUUGCUUGUGCGUACUUACCAGGCAACUAGUCGAACCCUAAAAAGGCAGCUAAUGUGACUUGAUUUCUCCUACUAAUAUUUCAUUGGAUUCACUUGUCUUGACCUUGAGAUUCAGAAAGUAGGCAAGAAUGGUUUGUGUAAAAAAUAUGCAUCUCUAACAGCAGUGAGACCUUGUGAGGAUAACAUUGUGUCCUAGCAUGUUUAUUUCAAACCAUUUGUAUAGAAGCUCAGCUAAUAUCAUUUCUUUAUCAAA